AUGAAGAACCCAGUGAAACAAAUGCGCUUCCCAGAGCUCGAGAGCUUCCUCGACUACGUGAAAGAUAUCGCAGAGACCUCUGGCAGAUGGGUCAACUGGCAAAUAAUCCGUGGCAAGCGCCAUGUAUGGUGGGAGACUGACCGGGACGUGCUAUCUCGAUGGGCGCAAUCUAUCAUCGAAACAGAAGAGCGCCUGCGCGAAAUCACUCAACACGAGAGCUUCGUCAAGGACUGUAUCCAGAAAAUCAAUGCGCGGUCCGACGAAGCAGCCAAAACUAUUCUGACAGAUUGGAUCGAGGACAUGAUAUCGCUGGACCACGAAUACUCCCGUCUCGAGCGGAUAUACGACACCAUGGUAGCGGGUUGUCCUGUCAGCCCUAUCAAGAGUGGAUAUCUGUGGAUUCGAAAGCAGCCGCAGUGGCAUCUUAGAAUUCACCAAACCAGAGACCAAUUAGUCCUCUUCCCCACCCCAUCAUCCGACCCCAACGAUCCCCUCAAUUGGUCAACAUCUCGCAAAAUUCUUAAUUUCACUCUCGUCAGCUUCUUCGUGCUAUGGACCUUUGUACAACUCGACAUCGGCUUCACAGCAUGGGGCCCAAUGCAAGAACAGCUCAACUUCACACUCGAUAUAGUAAACGCUGGAGCAGCCAUCAACUAUGCCGGUCUAGCCGUGGGCUGCAUUUUCUUCAUGCCCCUAGUCCACAAGUACGGCCGACGCCCAAUCUACAUAUUCAGUGUCGCCCUGCAGUUUGCAUCAUGUAUCUGGCAAGCCCAGACAUACACCGCCGGCGAUCUACUGGGCAGCAACUUGAUCUCCGGCAUCGGCGGCGCAAUCAGCGAGAUCAUCGUGCAGGUUACAAUCGCUGAUAUGUUCUUCGUGCACCAGCAUGCCACAAUGAAUGGAUGGUAUGUCAUCGUUCAGUCAGCAGGGGCUUUCCUUGGUCCCGUGGCAUCGGGAUACAUUGUCGUCGCACAAGGGUGGAGGUGGAUGUGGUGGUGGUGUGUCAUUUUCUUCGGCGUCACACUACUCUGUGUGGUAUUCCUUUUCGAGGAAUCGAAAUAUAUCCCUGUUCUGGAUGGUCGUGACGUUGUCGAGGAUGCACAAGUGACUGGGAAACCAUCUGAACCAGCCAAGGACGGGGACGUAUUGGAUUCCAAGGGCGCCAGUGAGACAAUCACUAGUCGCGUACCUACCAACCCGAACAUUCAGCUGAAGACGUAUUUCCAGCGGAUGGCUUUGGUGACUGUCACUGACGAAUCGCUGUGGCCGCAUUUUUAUCAACCAAUUGUGGCGCUCUUUACCUUCCCGGCUGUCGCGUAUGCGGCUAUCACAUACGGGUCUACACUGAGCUGGUUCGCGAUCAUGACUUCGCUACAGGCUUCUUACAUGAUUCUACCGCCUUAUAACUUCGAUGCUGUUGGGGUUGGGCUCAUGAAUGUGGCUCCAUUUGUUGGUGCUGUUCUCGGUUUCCCCUUUGGUGGACACUUGAGCGAUAAAUCCAUUUUGUGGUUAUCCAAGCGCAAUGGCGGUAUCUACGAGCCGGAGAUGCGUCUUUGGCUUGCUCUACCUAUUGCCAUUGUUAGCCCUGUGGGAAUUCUAAUGUUCGGUUUGGGUAUUGCCUAUGGAGCGCACUGGGCCCUUCUUGCCGUGGGAUUCGGAUUCUUUGGAUUUUCACUUGCUGCCAUUAGCGGUAUCACGCUUUCGUACCUCAUGGAUUGCUAUCAAGACAUUAUCGGUGACGCAUUGGUCGGAGUGAUCUUUAUGCGAAACAUUUUCUCGGUGAUUGUACUUUUUGUGUUAACGCCCUGGGUUGAAGCGAUGGGCAUGCGAGACUUGCAUAUUCUGGUUGCUGUUAUCGCGUUUUUGAUCCUAUUGAUCCCUGUCCCCCUUCUCAUCUGGGGUAAGAAAGCCAGAAUUGCUACGGCGCCGAGCUAUAGGAGAAUGGCGGCAAAGCAGCUUAGCCAUCGGACAAUCUAG